CCUAUCUCAGAGCAGGAUGGAAAAUGAUUCCCUUCUUCGCCUUAUGUUUACUUCAAGAUACUAGUGCUUUGAAAGGUCCAAGACUGGUGGAUGGAGAUCUUGGGGGAACAGUCACCAUCGAAUGCCAUUAUACUCCCAGCCCAGUCAACAAAUAUCAGAGGAAAUAUUGGUGCCGUCUGUACCCUCCUCAGAGAGUCUGUCACACCAUCAUCUCCUCCAAUCUCUUCAUCAACCACCUCUACCAGGGCCGAGCGACUCUUGUGGACUUCCCCAGUCAGGGCAGGUUUGUAGUGACCUUGACCCAGUUGAUACCUGAAGACUCAGGAUACUAUCGCUGUGGCAUCGGACCUAGAACAGACAUGCUCUUCUUCAGCAUGAAUCUGACCAUCUCUACAGCCAAUCAUUCUUUAGACUCUGCCAUCAUCACAAUUCCCUCAAGCAUCACCCCCAUGACAACUCUGGCUACCAGAGAUCAGACCGUGGAAACACUUGGUACAUCAACUUCAGUUAUAGGAAGACAUGUCCUUGACACAUCCGUGGUUGUAAAGAAAUGGGAGGCAAGAACUAGCAGAAAAGAUACUACUCCAGCUGAAGUCACCCAAGCACCAGGAACUACUAGAGUAACAACUACAGCUGCAGAUGGACAGAAUCUUGACACAACCCUACUUGUAGAGGGAUGGGAGGCAAAAACCAGCAAAAGAGAUACCACUCCAACUGAAAUCACCCAAGCACCAGGAACUAUUGGAGUAACAACUACAGCUGCAGAUGGACAGAAUCUUGACACAACCCUACUUGUAGAGGGAUGGGAGGCAAAAACCAGCAAAAGAGAUACCACUCCAACUGAAAUCACCCAAGCACCAGGAACUAUUGGAGUAACAACUACAGUCACAGGUGGACAAGACAUUGAUACAACCCUACCUGCAGAGGGAUGGGAGUCAAAAACCAGAAAAGAUACCACUUCAGCUGAAAUCAUCCAGGUACCAGAAAGCACUGGAGCAACAACCCCAGUUAUAGGUGCACAGGUUCCAAAAACUACUGAAACAACUUCAUCUUCUUGCAAUCAGGUCAUUGAUGCAACCUUGACUAUAAAAGAAUGGGGAACAGCAACUUACAGAGGAGAUAUAACUCCAAUCAGAGUCACAAAGGCCUCAGGAAUCCCUGGAACAAUCACCUCAGUCAUGAGUAGAAAAGGUCCAGGAACUCUUAAAGGAACAAUUCCAACUGCAGGCAUCCAGGAUCUCAACACAAGUCUGGUAGCAAAAGGACAAAGGGCAGAAAUUAGUAGAGGAGAUCCAACUCUGAUAAACAUCACUCAGCUACCAGCACAAGUUUCAAGCAAAAAUAUACAGCCUCCAGGAAGAGUUAGAGUAACAAUUCCAAAUACUGAUGUCUGGAUUCUGGAAACCACAAGAGCAGCAGAUCCAAUUCCAGAGGUACAGACUUCAAGAGCCAAAGUAACAUCAAAUAUAAUGGUCCUGAGAACUAGGGCAGAGACAAAAACAAUCGUGGGAACCAUUAGGGAAAGAAGAUCAACUAUCAGAAGCACAAAUAGGCUAACUGGGGGAACUGUGAACUCUAGAACACAUCUGAUCACCACCAGAAACAUCCCAGGAAUCAUCAGACCUUCAACAAUGGUUAGAGACUAUCUUAGAGAAGUAACUCCAGGUAUAUACCGACAGACUCUGAGAACCACAAGGGCUACAACCUCAGAUGCUGAUAUAAGUCCAUGGUUCUCAGGAACUAUUAGAAGAGGGAAAACCUCCGCCUUAGGAGGAACAUCUGCUAUUGGUAGAGAAAGUCACUCUGAGAAACCACUGAAGAGAAUACCAGGAGCAACACUCCUGAUUCCUCCCAGCAACAAGCCCUGCAUGGAGAUUUUGUCUCCAGAUCAAUGGCGUAUCUCCCAGAUCCUGAUCGCUUUCUCUACUGUGUUGCUUCCAAUUGUUCUCCUGGUUCUGUUACUACUGUUAAGAAAGCUUCGAAAGAGGAUCUCUCUUCGGACCCAGAAACCCAAGGUUUCCCUAAUCCAGUUGACUAACUUUCAAGAUCUCACUGAGAUGCCGAGCUUGGAAGCACAACCACUCCAGGAAGCCUAAUACUUCUGCACAAUCGUCACCACACAUGACAAUCAGGGUGGGUAAGGGAAAUCAGUCUUCCUAUCUGUGUCAGUUUGAGCUCCUCAGGGGAAGACGCAGGACCAGGAUUUCUUUCCUAUGGUCAGAGAAGGAGGCCAAAGGCAUUGGAGUUCAACCUAGUGAAGAAAAAGGUGAGGUUGUGAAGACUUAAUUAUUCUUAAAUCUAGGAAGGUGUUAAAAUGAAGGAUGCUCAUUAGUUUUUGUUUUCUACCACCAAAGAACAAAUGAAGAGAUUUUAAAUUUCAGUGUGAUUCCAGAAGGAACUUUCAAACAAAGAAAAUUACUGAUCCCUGGAAGAGAGUACUAAGGGAGGCCAUUUCAUCUCUAUGCCCAAAGAUUUAACAAUUGUGAUCUCUCCUUCCUUUAAAUCUCCUCAUUACUUUGUAAUUUUCAUGUGAUAUUUUUUAUAUUCAAAUUUAUGCUGUAGUAUUUGUAUGAGUAGUUAGUCUAUCAUUACCCAAAAACAGAUUGUAAAUUCCCUGAGGAUAUCUUCUUGACCUUUAUAUCUCCCACAGUGCCCAGCCAUAUAGUAAAUAUUCAAUAAAUACAUUAUCUUGAUCA